UUUGAAUUUGAUAUUACUGUUGUCAUGACUUGGUGUACAAGGUAAUGGCGGAUGAUUUGGAUGUGGAUAAUGGAUCGGCAAAAUUUGCCAAAAAAGGAAGAAGAGCUAAAAAAACGAUUAAAGACAGAGAUGAUCCAAUUUCUAAUGAAAUUUAUCUACGUAAAGCUAAUGACAUAAAGAACACUGAAUUUCCGGAAUGUAAAAUAGGCGGUUGGAAUGAGGGUGAAAUUUCGCACAGCGUAUCGUUUGGAAGGAGAGCUGAUGAAGAUACACUAAAUGUUUGCAAAGCUUUACGGAGGGAAGAAUCUGAUGAAGAACUCGAGAUACCUAUUGUUCCUGAUUUAAAUAGUGUUGAGGACCAGUCAACUACAUUUCAGGGUGCGGUUGCACCGAGGUACAUGAGUUUUCUGUCGAUUGCCUCAUCAUUUUCUUUGUGGUCAUAAACAAAAUUCCAGCGUACUGUGAACUUAGUCAAGAUCUACUCAAUCAUGGCACGCUUCAGUUGUUGAACGGUUAUAUUAACUUGAGGGUUUUGAAGAAACAUUUAUUCUCUGAAUCUGAAUUGCAAGAAAUUGAUGAAAAAUGGAGUUGGGACUUUUUGUUUUCUGAAUUAAAGACACGGAAAUAAGGUUGUAAGCUAACCUUAUUUACAUAUUUCAUGUUAAUAAAUCAAACCAUUUGUAACAGCGACACAAGAUAUCGAAAUAAUAUUCCCUUUACAGUGUUAAUUUUGGCUUUUACGUAGCAUUUAGCACAGGAUAUACUAUAAACAAAAUUGACUAGUAUUAUUGGUUAAUGAAGUUAUAAACUAAUCAAGUGAAGCGUAAUUAAAGACCCAACCUAUUAUUUUGGGGUCAGCUAGCUAGUCGUUAUUUAUGGUUGGGGAUCUUGGAUGACGUGGUUCAGUAUCAAACGCAGUAACGCAUGUCUAUUGAUUUCCUAUUUUAUUUCAUAUUUUGACUUUAGCGAUCGUUUUCACGCAUUCAUUUUUUUCGAAACGUGCUUCUUAUCCUAUUUUCACGAACACUGUCGCUAACUUUUAGGCUUAUUAAAUUUUUUCCUAUUGAUUUUAUCUGCUUGUACUGGUAUAAAACUUCACAGACUAGGUCUAUGAAUAUUUGGUCUAGAUCUUAUGUUGUUUAUAAAUGACUGA